UGCUAGGAACCAGAUCAGACAGAUGGUGUUGCAUUUGUAGCACCGCAUCAAGGCGCGUCUGUCCAACCCUCGCGGACCAGUCGCCAAGAUCCGCAUGGCCCGAUCGGGCAAUUAAGUACGAUGCCUUGCCAGAUGUGCGGGGCUAGCGGGGAGCACCUGUUAGUCUGUCUCAAAACCGCACGUCAGAAGCAAACCUGGAAUCAUCCACAACAACAGCAUCAGGGAGAAAAAGUACGAGAGGGGCAUGGGGCUACGCAAGCACACAUGCUUUGGAACGGGACUUUGAAAUGCCAACAUCAUGUACAGUCUCCAGCAUGUGACAAUAUGUUUGCCUGGACAAACCCAGAGAAAGCGUUGAUAAUGCUUGUUAACAUCGUAAAAAUUGAACAAAACAGGUUAAGGCCUGCCCACACUUGUUGCAUCCAUUAGAUUUACACUGCAUCUUGAUUUUCCAAACGUCCUAUGUUUAAAAUCCCCUUGGUGACUCGUUACUUCCGGAGCCUGGUUCCUCGAGACCAAGCCGUCAAUACACAAUUUCCCAUCACGCAGGCCGUCCAAGCUCAUGUCGUAGCGAGAGCCAUCUCACCAAGGAAUGUAAUCUUUCCACCGCGUCGAUUGCUCUCCAUCACGCAGCCCUGGAUAAACAACAAGAACCCAAGAGCCAGGCGUCAGGGAGCGCAUGUUCUGACGCUAUCGUGGAGCACACCGGCAAGCCCAGCGAACGAGACUACCGCUCGACGUUUCUACUCGUCGACGCAAGCUAGGAAUGCUCUUGCCUCGGGAAAGACUGAGCAAAAGCUUUUGGCUGCUCAACGGUCUUCCAGGGUGCCCAUUGUGGUUGAUGGGGAGACAGUUGAAUUUUCGGCCAUUCUCUUGAGAGAUUCCUGUCAAUGCCCGUUGUGCGUGCACGAGUCGACGAACCAAAGGCUUUUUUCGACUGCCGACAUUCCCAGCGAUAUCCAGGCCCGGACUAUCGAGACGGAUGCUGCCACAGACUCCGUGAGUAUCACAUGGGAGAGGGAUGCAGCCGGGUACACGACCCAACAUACUACAAUGAUUGAACUGGCAGCGUUGAGAGAACUCAGUCGCUCAGGUUGUCCUCCUGGGGCUUACCAGACGGCCCCGCCGCAAAGGUUGUGGACUCAGAAGGCUCUUAACCUGCCGGACUAUGACUACAACACGUAUAUGCAAGACGACAGCAUGUUAUACGACGUAAUCAAUCAGCUACGAAUCGAUGGUCUAGCUUUUGUUAACAACGUUCCCGGCACCGAAGAGGCCCUCGCUACAAUCGCAACCUGCAUCGGACCUGUCAAGGAUACAUUCUACGGCUACACCUGGGACGGUAUGCGCACCUUGCCUAACCCUGAUUUUCCGUCCUCUUUCGGCCCUCAGCUAACGUCCAUGGCAGUCUGCACCGUUCCCGAGGCAAUCAACGCCGCGUACACUUCGCACGACCUAGGCUUCCACACGGACCUGUUGUAUUUUGAGCAACCGCCACACAUCCAACUUCUACACUGUGUCCAGUCUGCAUCGACAGGCGGGGCCAGUGUAUUUGCAGAUGCUUACAGAGCCGCGGUGGACCUGUUCCACAUGGACCUGGACGCGUUCGACACUCUUGCGACGGUCCCGGUGAACUAUCACUACAACCAUCCAGACUCCAAUGUGUACCGCACAACCAAGCCGGUUAUUGAUUUGCGACCCCUCCGGAUUGGCGACACCGUCUACACCCAUCUUCAGGACUACAUCAAGGGCUGGAGCCAGCUUUCUAGCCGCCAAGGUGGACCUGAAUGGACGGAAGCUAUGCUUGUUGAUUGCAUUGGCAAAAUCAACUGGGGCCCUCCGUUCCUUGCACCGUUUUCCAACCACGAUGAUUCGAAGCAAUUAUGGAAAGCCGCCCAGCCCGCUCUUUCAGCGUUGAACCGCAAAGUUGACAAGUGGCACCAAGCCGCCUCCAAGUUCAACGCCCUUUUGCAACGUCCAGAGUACUUAAUAUUACACUCCCGAAGAGCCUUUGGCAUGGCUGACGUCGGAAAACCAAGAUGGUUGAGAGGCACCUACGUCGACAAGGAUCCUUACUACAGCAAGCUGCGUGUGUUGCAGAACAAGAUAGACAGAUAG